UGUGGAUAUGAACUCAACAAGUACCAUAGACAGCGAUGGUUCUCCGUCGGUGGUGGCGGUGGCGGUGACCGGUGGUAACGCCGGAGGAAUUGGCGGCAAAGGAAGUAGAAGAGCUGUCUGUUGGGCGGUGGAGAAUCUGUUUCAGAAAGCCGAUCGUUUCGUCCUGAUUCAUGUCAUUCCGAACAUCACUUCGAUCCCCAAUCCAUCAGGAAAGCGAAUCCCGAUCGUGGAUCUGGAUGCUCAUGUGGUGGACAUGUAUGUAGAAGACUUGAAAUCACACAUUGAAGAAGUAUUUCUACCAUUCAAGAGGCUGUGCAAAGGCAAAAAGAUAGAAACUUUGGUGAUAGAAGGGGAUAGUCCAGCAUCCGGGCUUGUAAAUUUUGCAUCUGGGUCAGGGAUCAAUAGCUUGGUUCUUGGUUCUUGCUAUUCCAAUUGGCUCAUGAGGAAGUUAUAUGGAGCUGGGGUACCCUCGACUGUUCUAAAACAUGCUCCAACAACUUGCAACAUAUACGUGGUUUCUAGACGUGGACUCAUCUCUGAUUCAGUGAUGAUUACAGAGAGCAGUUCUUGUGGCAUAAGUAAACUAUGGUGUGGUUUUUGUUCAUCUUCUAGAAAGUCCAAAAUCGAGAGUACAUCAGCAUCGACCCAGGAGAACGCUUCCAUCAAUUCUAGUACUGUUAAGAGGAGUAGCUCGCGAAGAACCUUGGGUGAUGCGAUUUCACAAACCCGAGUGGGAAAUGGAACUUCUAUGUCUUCAACAUGUUCAAAUCAGUCAAACUUACAAGCUGAAGUAGAAAAACUAAGACUGGAGUUAAGAAAUGCUCUUAAUAUGUACAAUCAAGCUUGUGAUGAACUCGUCCACACGGAAAACAAGGUCCAAAUGCUUUCUCAUAGUGUUGAAGAUGCCAAAAAAAUUAGUUCUGCGGUAGAGCGUGAAGAGAAAUUCCGUAAAAUCGCAGCUGAAGAGAAAGAGAAGCAUUUGGAAGCAGUUAAAGAAGUUGAAAUAGCAAGAAAUCUGUUAGCAAAAGAGGCUAAUGAAAGGGAAAUAGCAGAACUAAAAGCCCUGAAGGAAUCCUCUGAGAAACAAGAGGUUGUCGAUGCACUCUUUACGAAGGAUAAACGGUACAGAAGAUACUCAAUUGAUGAGAUCGAGGUGGCAACGGACUCCUUCUCGAAAACGAAAGUGGUUGGUGAAGGAGCAUAUGGUAAAGUCUACAAAUGUAAUCUUGAUCAUACCCCGGUAGCCAUCAAAGUCCUUUGGUCCGAUACAUCUGAAAAGAGACGCGAGUUUCUACGAGAGGUUGAGGUUCUAAGUCAACUAAGCCAUCCACACAUGGUGCAACUUCUUGGAGCCUGUCCUGAAAGAGGUUGCCUAAUAUAUGAAUACAUGGAAAAUGGAAGCCUAGAAGACUAUAUUUUCCAAGCAACUACCACAAGUUAUCUUUCUUGGUCUACCCGUUUUCGUAUAGCUUUCGAAGUGGCAUGUGCACUCGCAUUCUUACAUAACUCAAAACCCGAGCCUAUAGUACACCGUGAUCUAAAACCCGGGAAUAUCUUGCUUGACCGAAACUUCGUGAGCAAAAUCGGAGAUGUGGGAAUGGCUAAACUUAUAACAGAUGUGGUGCCCGAUAAUGUAACGGAGUACAAAGACUCUAUUCUUGCUGGUACCAUGUACUACAUAGAUCCCGAGUACCACAGAACCGGGACCGUUAGACCAAAAUCGGAUCUAUAUGCUUUUGGGAUUAUAGUUUUGCAGCUGCUAACUUCACUUCAACCGAAAGGGAUUAUACCGAUGGUUGAAUCGGCUAUUUCUCGUGGGACAUUAUCUGAUAUACUAGAUGACUCGAUAGCUGAUUGGCCGUUAGCUGAAGCAGAGGAAUUGGCUGAAUUGGGUCUGAAGUGUUGUAGUCUUAGAUGCAGGGAUAGACCAGAUCUUGAUACAGAAGUACUCCCUGUUCUGAAGAAGCUAUAUGAAUUUGGUGAUACAAGUAGGAAGGUUGCCAAAAAUAGCAAUGAUGCUCCUAAUCACUUCUAUUGUCCAAUUCUUCAGGAAGUCAUGGAUGAUCCUCACAUUGCUGCUGACGGUUUCACGUACGAACACAGAGCUAUACAGAUAUGGCUUGAAAGACAAAAUGUAUCACCAAUGACGAAACGCAAGCUACAACACAAGACACUAACUCCCAACCAUACGUUGCGAUCAGCCAUACAAGACUGGAGGUUACGCUCAACGUCCUCAAGGAGCCAAGUAUGAGACACUCUUCCACCAAUAAAGCUCUCUAAAACCAAUAUGUUUAUAUAGCAUUAUGUUUUUGAGCAUAUCUACUGAUUCAAUUUAUUGCAUAUUCUGCAUCCAGGAAUAAUCUCUUUUAUUAGUUUCAAUUGUAAGUAUGAUGAGUUUUGUACAUAAUUUCAAAAAUAUGUGCCAUCGAUAAUUUUCUGUCAAUUAUUAUAUAGAAUUUGUAGGUCUAUAAUCUUUAUUAGGAAUGCAUCAAUCUG